AUGACAACGACUGCUGCUUCCGUCGUAUGCGACCAGAUCAACUGCGACGUUCGAUCGAUCAGGAUCAAAACUUCUCGUAUUGCGAUGAGCGCCGAAUUUAAAAAGGAAGCGGCAGAUCAUAUCAUCAAAAGGCUUCAAGAUACAGAAAUCUACAAGUUUCUUCAGAGUCUACUGAGGGAAGCAGUGUUAAGGAUAGUUCGACCGGAAACAGCAAUACGUGUAGUAAAACUCAGCGAUCAAGAACUGGUUUGCCAUUCCAUGAUUUAUCACUUUCUGAAAAGCAAUGGGUACAGAGCAGCUGCAGAAAUUAUGCAGUCAGAAUGUUACGAGCAUUUCCUAUCAAACGAUUAUCUGAAACAGAACGUUGAACUGUACGAUGACGGAUCUGUGUGGAACCAACUUUCGAAGCAUAAGCUGAAACCAGGUGUGCUCCCAAAGAGAGAAGUCGGCGCUGGAAAGGAAACAAAGCCAGAUACGAAAUUUGCACCAAAACCAGACGAAACGUUCAACGAAACGAAAGAAACAUUGAGAAGUCAUAUCGAGAAGUCAGCAGAGGAAUCUGUGAAGAGGAAAGAAGAACUGAUGAUGAAGGAUGAGGAAAUAACCGAAGAGGAAGUGGAUGACGAAGAGGAGGAAGAGGAAGAUGAAACCGAAAUUAACUCGUCACCCUCGUCAACGACCGCAGAAUCAGAGCCGGAGGAGGUCGCACCGACUUGGGCAAAACGACUGUGGGGACCGAACUCUCAUCAGCUAUCUACUGACACGAUCAUAGCGACUCCUUCUCAGCCUAGCAGACCUUCAUACUUACCUCCACUGAGUGGAACACGUCCAAAAGCACAACUAACAUCGAUUAGCUCCAUUGACUUUGAUAUACCGCAGCUCGAGAAGAGCCCCUCCAUGCAAUCAAUCGACACACCGAGAGCCUCGCCCAGUUUUGGUGAAGAUGCUACUCAACAGCCUAAAAAGGGAGAAGAACUCAAGAACUCUCCAGAAGAAGCGGGGGAACUCAGCGAAAUAGAUUCGAUUACGGGGAUCGAUCAACUCCUGGAAUCGGAUCGAUCGGGAAGCAUAUCGUUCUGA